AUGUGGACAGGGUUGAUCCGGCGCUUCUCGACCGAAGACACACAAGUUGACGCCGAACAGCAACAUGGCCGUGAUGGCGAGCGUGGCAAGGAUGGUGUGAACGGAGUCUUUACGCCGGCAGGUCGGAAGACUGGUACCGUGAGUCCCUUUCGACCUCCCCCGCUCGAGCCGCUCAUCCUGCAUGGCUAUCGCGAAAGCACACAGAGCUCCGCGCGACUUCUGACUCCCGUCGUGGCCGAGGAGAUCCGGGCCAUGAUACCGGAACGGCUUCGUAUCGCCGAGGACUGGCACUUGGUGUACAGCCUCGAGCAGGACGGGGCUAGUCUAUCUACCUUGUACCAGAAAUGUCGGCACUAUGAGGGCCGAAGAGCUGGCUUUGUGCUAGUUGUCAGAGAUCAGGAAGGAGGAACGUUCGGCGCGUACUUGUCCGAGUAUCCUCGCCCAGCUCCGUCCUACUUUGGCAAUGGGGAGUGCUUUCUGUGGCGGGCUUCCACACUUGCUUCUCUGCCCUUGCCUCCGUCGGCUGAUGCUGCAAAUCUCUCGCGAAGCACAACGCUGGCGCCAAGAGUGCCCCCGGGGAGCGGGACUUGUACCCCUUCCGACAGUAUCAGAUUCAAGGCCUUUCCUUACAGUGGGUUGAAUGACUGCUAUAUAAACUGCGAAAAUGGCUUCCUCUCCGUGGGCUCUGGUGGGGGCCACUAUGGCCUGUGGCUAGACGACUCUCUAGACAUUGGGCAUAGUUCGCAAUGUGACACGUUUGGCAACGAACCGCUUAGCGAUGCAGGUGAAAAGUUUGGGGUCUGGGGUGUGGAAAUAUGGGCCUUGGGUGCGUAG